AUGGCAGAUUUAUCUCUUCCUAAUGAUGCUCUGUUCCUUGGAUUUGACAGCUCUACUCAGUCGUUGAAGGCAACUGUUUUGGACUCCAAUCUCGUUAUUGUUGCUUCAGAGCUAGUUAACUUUGACUCUGAUUUGCCUCAUUACAAGACCAGGGAUGGAGUUUAUAGAGACUCUUCUGUUAAUGGAAGAAUUGUUUCACCCACCAUAAUGUGGGUGGAGGCUUUGGAUCUCAUUCUUCAAAGACUAUCUAAAUCCAAUUUGGAUUUUGGGAAAAUUGCUGCCGUUUCUGGUAGUGGACAGCAACAUGGCAGUGUUUAUUGGAAGAAUGGCAGUUCUGCGUUAUUAUCAUCAUUGGACCCCAGGAAGCCAUUAGUUGAUCAGCUUGGCAAUGCCUUUUCUGUUAAUGAAUCACCUAUAUGGAUGGACUGCAGCACCACAGCUCAGUGUAGGGAAAUAGAGAAAGCUGUUGGAGGUGCAUUGGAAUUGUCUAAAAUUACUGGUUCUCGUGCUAACGAGAGAUAUACAGGACCACAAAUUCGGAAGAUAUUUGAGACACAACCAGUAGUUUAUAAGAAUACUGAGAGGAUCUCUCUUGUUAGCUCUUUCAUGGCAUGUCUAUUUAUAGGGGCAUACGCUUGUAUUGAUGAAACUGAUGGUGCGGGGAUGAAUUUGAUGGAUAUAAAGCAAAGGGUUUGGUCUAAAGUUGCAUUAGAGGCUACAGCUCCGGGUUUGGAGGAAAAGCUUGGAAAGCUAGCUCCUGCUCAUGCUGUUGCUGGUUCUAUAGCUUCAUAUUUUGUGGAGAGGUUUAACUUCAAUAAGAAUUGUCUGGUGGUUCAGUGGUCUGGAGACAAUCCUAACAGUUUAGCAGGUUUAACCCUAAACACUCCUGGGGAUCUUGCAAUCAGUUUGGGUACCAGCGACACUGUCUUUGGGAUCACUAAGGACCCUCAACCAAGUUUGGAAGGACAUGUUUUCCCAAAUCCUGUUGAUACAGAAGGCUACAUGGUUAUGUUGGUCUACAAAAAUGGGUCUCUGACACGUGAAGAUGUACGGAAUCGCUAUGCUGAGAAAUCUUGGGAUGUUUUUAACAAGUAUCUGGAGCAAACUCCUCCACUAAAUGGUGGGAAGAUAGGUUUCUAUUACAAGGAGCAUGAGAUUCUUCCUCCUUUGCCUGUUGGCUUUCAUCACUACCUUCUUGAAAAUUUCACUGGUGAGACUCUGGAUGGCUUGAAUGAACAAGAAGUGCUAGAAUUUGAUCCUCCUUCCGAGGUCCGUGCCUUGAUUGAGGGCCAAUUUCUCUCAAUGCGUGCUCAUGCAGAAAGAUUUGGAAUGCCAUCUCCUCCAAAACGAAUCAUUGCUACUGGUGGAGCGUCAGCAAAUCAAAGCAUUCUGAGCUCAAUUGCAUCCAUUUUUGGCUGUGAUAUUUAUACUGUCCGGAGACCUGACUCAGCUUCUCUAGGAGCUGCAUUGAGGGCUGCUCAUGGUUGGCUGUGCAGCAAGAAAGGCAGUUUUGUGCCAAUCUCAUCUAUGUAUAAGGACUUGGAGAGGACAUCCCUGAGCUGUAAGUUCUCAAUGGCUGCUGGAGACCAGAAUCUGGUUUCCAAGUAUGCCUCACUGAUGAAGAAGAGAAUCGAAAUAGAGAACCGCCUUGUCCAAAAGUUGGGCCGUUAUUAGAGUCCAGACGUAAAUGAGGUGUGAGAAAAGCUUAUGGCAGCUUUGUGUACAAAGGUUGGGCCGUGAUUAAUAGAAGGUAUUUUAUCUUUCGGCUUAUCAUGUGCCUCAGGGACUUAAGGGUCAGUUUAAUAUAAUACUUAAAAAAAGUCA